AUGAAGAAAGUAGAAUACUUCAAGACACUUUCCUCUCUCAGUAGAACAAGUAUUAGUAAGAUAAUAAAGAACAGAAGGAAAAGGUUAAAGAAUAAACUAAAUAAUACAGAAUAUAAUACACAUAGUGUAAUAAGUAAUACUAAUAACACAAUAUGUAAUAACUCAUGCAAUACCACAGAAUAUACUACUAAUAAUGUAAUAAGUAGUAACCCAGAUAUAAAUAGACUAAAUAAUUUAUUUAGUAAUAUUAUAACAGACAGUACAUUAAAUAAUAAUAUAAUAAAACAUUUAAGUACACCAGAUAUAAAUAUACUAAAUAAUAUAAAUAUAACCAAUAAUAUAUGCACAUUGUGUAAUAAGUGCAGUAAUAAUACAGAAUAUACUACACAUAGUACUAAUAAUAUUAAUAAUAACACAUACCAUAAUAAGUUAUAUAAAAAUUGCACUGCUUGUGAUAUGUGUGAUAUACUAAUAUACUUACACACACCAAAACAGCCCUGUAAUAAUAUUAAGUGCAGUAAUAAUACACAAUGUGUAAUAAGUAAUACUUUCUGUACAUUGUGUACAUAUUACUCUUUUAUUUACUCAUUGUAUAAUAUAUUAUACUAUAAUAUUAAUAUUUAUAACAUAAACUAUCAUAAGUUAUACUUAUACUAUAAUAAUAUUAUUUAUUACUAUAUGUAUAAUAUAUUAUUAUAUAAUAUAAUUUAUUAUUAUAAUAUUAAUUAUAAUAUAAUAUAUUUAUUAUACAAGUACAGCAUAAUUAACAAGUGUAACAUAUUUAAUAUAUAUAGUAGCAUAAGUAAAGACUUUUACAACAAUGUGUAUAUAAAUUUAUUAUAUAAUAAUAGUAUAAUAAGUAUUUGUAAUAUAUUAGAAAUUGAUAUACUAUGUGUAUUAUAUAAUAUAAGCAAUAUAUACAUUAAUACCACGGAGAGUGUACUAUAUUAUAUAUUACACACUGAGUAUAAAUAUAUGAUCAAGUAUAUAAUAUAUAAUAAUAAUAGUGUAAUAAGUCUUAGUGACAGGAUAGUGGGUGAGAUAGCGGAUAUAUUAGAUAAAAAGGGUGAUAGUGUGCAGGACUUAUUACACAAUGAUCAUUUAAAUAUGGCGUAUUCUGAUAAUAUAAUGUACAAUGUGUUAAAUAUAAUAAUAUCUUUAUACAUAAAUAUUUUAAGGAUUGACAGUACAAAUAUUUUAUUAUCGCAGUUAAUGAACAAAAUAAAAAACAAAAUAAAAAAUAAAAUAAAAAACAAAGAAAUAAAAAUAACGGCAGAAUUACUAUUUAUAGUAAUAACAGAAAGAAAAGAAGAGAUUUUAAAAAUCAUAAACAAAAACAAACAACCUGAAAAUAAUAAAAAACCUGAAAAUAAAAAAAUAAACACAGAUAUAAACACAGUAUUUAAUAGGGAUAUAUACAGUGAUAUCCCAUUUAAACUGAAUAAUACCGUAUGGUAUGACCCUAAUGAUAAGAAUAUCUCAGGACUAUUCAAUAUAACAGAACCAAUUAAUCUGUCAAGCCUGCAUGAUAUUAGGUCACAUAAGCAUACUACAGAUAUAAAUAGACUAAAUAAUAAAAUUAUACAGAAUAUAUUACACAAUGACGUAAUAAGUAAUAGUAACCAGAAUAUAUUACACAAUGACGUAAUAAGUAAUAGUAAUGAUAUAACUUAUGAUACAAUGUGUAAUAUAUCUAGUCCUGUAUAUAAUCAGACUAAUUCAUAUUAUAAUAUAUCUAAUAAUAUCCCGUAUACAAAUAGACUAAUUAAUCAUAAUAUAUCUAAUAGUAAUAAUGACAUACUGGACUACUUAUUAGCAUUAUUACCACAGGAUGAGAUAAUUAAUGAACUAUCACUUAUUAUAUCACAAGACUUUAUACACAAUAGGUCAAAAAUAACAGAACUUAUUACCAUAAUAGAAAAUAAAUUAGGGAUGUACAGAAGUACAGUAAUAAACAUAAUAAAGAAAGACUUUAUUAUAUUUAAUAAGCAUAGCAUAAAAAGUAACAAUAAUAAUGAUACAGUGUGUAAUAAUAAUACAGAAUAUAAUACACAAAGUGUAAAAAGUAAUAAUAGUGAUACAAUAGAUAAUAAGUUAUAUAAUAGUACAGGAUAUAAUAUGCACAGUAUGAUAAGUAAUGAUAUAAUAGAUAAAGUAUUAUGUAAUAGUGAUAUGCCCAGGAGUAUAUUUAAGGAUGUGUGUAUACGUACAUUUAUAUAUUCAGAGUAUUACUGGCCGUGUAAUAAUAUUAGUACAUGGAAUGAUCUUAUACAGAAAGUGAGUAAAACAGAGAGUACAGAAUAUAAUACACACAGUACAAUAAGUAAUAGUAAUGAUACAGUGUGUAAUAAGUUAUCAUAUGAUAUAUCUAGUAUACUUAAUAGUAUAUGUGUAGAAUAUACUGAUAAGCAUACGUAUGUAGAUAUAACAAUAGAAGUAGAUAAUACACAAAGUGUAAAAAGUAAUAAUAAUGAUACAAUAGAUAAUAAGUUAUAUAACACAGAUAGUUCAGGACUAAAUACACAAUGUUUAAAUAUUUCUAUUCCUAUAAUAUAUUUAGAAUAUUAUUAUAAUAAAAACAUCAAAAUAAAAAAAGAAGAUAAAAACAAGAUAAAAGAGUUCUGGGACUAUGUGUAUAAAAUAAUAUAA